UUUGUUCUUCUGGUGAUUGAAAUGAUAAAACAAGCGUGUUUCCAUUAGUUUAUUAGUUUUAGUGUAUUGACUCUCACUGUCUGUAUGUAGGUGGCAAUGCUGGUAUGGCUACAGCAUAUGCAGCAAGAAAACUCAACCUUCCAGCAACCAUUGUUUUGCCCUCAGCAACACCCCUACUGGUAGUGCAGAAACUAAAGGACCAGGGAGCUACGGUCAAAGUUGCGGGCAAGGUUUGGGAUGAUGCAAAUGCAGAGGCCCUUCGAUUGGCUGAAAGUGAAGGUCUUACUGUGAUACCACCAUUCAACCAUCCACUAAUCUGGAAAGGUCAUACCAGUAUUGUACAUGAACUCAAGGCCUCAUUGCCAACCAAACCAGGAGCUAUAGUGCUGUCCGUUGGGGGCGGAGGUCUGUUUUGUGGGGUGAUCCAGGGGCUGGAUGAGGUGGGCUGGGGCAGUGUGCCUGUCCUCUGUAUGGAGACUGUUGGUGCAGAUUGUCUCAAUGUCGCCCUUAAAGCUGGAGAGCUGGUUACACUGCCGGACAUUACAAGUGAAGCAACGUGUCUAGGAGCAAAGACAGCAUGCAGACAGGCGUUUGAAUACAGCAAACGGUCCACUGUUAUUUCAGAGGUGGUGACAGAUCUACAGGCUCUGGAGGCAAUGGAACUGUUCCUGGAUGAGGAGUGUGUGUUGGUGGAGCUAGCCUGCGGCGCUGCGCUGGCUGCAGUGUACAGUGGUGUUAUCCAAAGGCUACAGAAGGAGGGACGCCUUCCUAAACCACUCGGCCCGCUGGUGAUGAUCGUCUGUGGGGGUGGCAGUGUAAACCGGGCCCAGCUACAACACUUACAGGCAGUCAUACGGAAAUGAUCAGAAUGGAAACGAACCCAGCAAUCCACUGCAUAUGAAGAUUCUCCAAUCUGUGAAAGCUAAUAUGUUAAAGAUGGCCAAUGCAAAUGCUAUAGCUUGCCUUAAGAUGAUGUGGACAUUCCAUAGUUUUUCAAUGAUUAAAUACUAAA